AUGAAGUUGUUUUCAUUGCAGGGAGGACGUAUCAGUUGCAUCAGUUGACCACACUGCGGUUACAGUCAUGUCUUUCCUUCAUGCAGCUGCAAGGUGCUUCCCAGCUGAUAAUGAUCAGGCAUCCAUUUCAUCAACUGUACUUAAACUUUGUUUAAUAUUCCUCAACUGUAUGUCCUCUAAGAUUGCUACUAGGGAACACAAGCUAACAGCUGUUUGUCUGUAUGCAGAAAAUUUGAAAGGUCUGCUGAAUGUUAACAUCAAACAUUUACAGACAAAAUAUCUGCUUGAUGAAAACCACCAGAGUACUGGGAAAUCAUGCAUUGAUGGAGAAGAUGCAGUUGAAUCAGAGGAGGAAAUUGUUCAGUAUAUAAUAUUAUUAAUUUUCUCAGUCACACUAAUUUCAAAGUUACCUGGAAGUUUGAACCAAAGGGACGAAGAGGAGAUAAAGGUUGAUUCAGAGCAAGAAGAUUUUAAGGGGAAAAUAUCAUUCAGUGAUGUUUGUCUGUUGGAGGAUCACCUUCUGACAGCUCUUUAUUCCAUAGCAGUGUGUGAGUCCUUCAUCAGACAUUACAAGAGUUCCGUGUAUUACUACAAGAUAUUUUCAAAGUAUGAUAUUUUAAACGAACGAUUUAAACUCCUGAUGCUUACUUUUGAUGAGAAGGAAAUGAAAUACAUCACUCAUAUCGCUGCAAAAAGGUAUGUUUACAA